CCCUGCCCGCGCUGCCCUGCCCGCCGCCCGGGCCCGGCACCCCUCGCCGCCGGGCUCCCAGGCACCGCCGCCGCCCCGACGAUAAAAAGUUGUGCGGAGCGCCGAGGAUGGGAGCGCAUCUGCAGCCUCUAGCCCUGCGGCUUCUGGCGUUGACUUUCCCCUUGGUGGCGAAGGGUUUUUCUGACGAAACCUUGGAGAAAGCCGCGAAAUCCGAGGGAUAUUGCAGUCGGAUCCUGCGAGCCCAAGGCACCAGGAGGGAAGGGUACAAUGAAUUUAGCCUCAGGGUGGAGGGCGAUCCAGAAUUUUACAAGCCUGGAAACAGUUACCGGGUGACACUUUCUGCUGCCACUCCUGCUUACUUUCGAGGAUUCACUUUGAUCGCUCUCAAGGAAGGAAAAGAAGGUGACAAAGAAGAAGACCAUGCAGGAACUUUUCAGAUCAUAGACGAAGAAGAAACACAGUUCAUGAGUAAUUGUCCUGUUGCUGUUACUGAGAGUACACCUAGAAGAAGGACACGCAUUCAAGUGUUUUGGACAGCUCCUCCUACUGGUACAGGCUGUGUAAUCCUAAAAGCCAGUAUUGUGCAGAAGCGCAUAAUUUAUUUUCAAGAUGAGGGUUCGCUCACCAAAAAAAUUUGUGAACAAGACUCAGCCUCAGAAGGUGUGACUGACAAACCAAUUUUAGAUUGUUGUGCCUGUGGAACUGCCAAAUACAGGCUAACUUUUUAUGGAAACUGGUCAGAAAAAACACAUCCCAAAGAUUUUCCACGACGCACCAACCACUGGUCUGCAAUCAUUGGUAGUUCUCACUCGAAGAACUACAUCCUUUGGGAGUAUGGAGGAUAUGCUAGUGAAGGUGUCAAGCAAGUUGCAGAGUUGGGGUCCCCAGUAAAGAUGGAAGAAGAAAUUCGACAGCAAAGCGAUGAGGUUUUAACAGUCAUCAAGGCAAAAGCACAGUGGCCUGCCUGGCAACCUCUAAAUGUGAGAGCUGCUCCCUCUGCUGAGUUUUCUGUCGAUCGUCACCGGCACCUGAUGUCCUUCCUCACCAUGCUCGGCCCCAGCCCAGACUGGAAUGUGGGUCUGUCUGCCGAAGACCUCUGUACCAAGGACUGCGGCUGGGUUCAGAAAGUCGUUCAGGAUUUAAUUCCCUGGGAUGCUGGCACAGACAGUGGCGUUACCUAUGAGUCGCCUAACAAACCUACAGUGCCUCAAGAGAAGAUCAGACCACUUACAAGCUUAGAUCAUCCUCAAAGUCCAUUUUAUGAUCCAGAAGGAGGAUCUAUCAAGCUGGUAGCUAGAGUUGUCAUUGAGAGAAUUGCACGCAAGGGGGAGCAAUGCAAUAUCGUACCUGAUAAUAUAGAUGAUAUUGUGGCAGAUCUAGCACCAGAGGAAAAAGAAGAAGAUGAUACCCCUGAGACCUGCAUAUAUUCAAACUGGUCCCCAUGGUCAGCCUGCAGCUCUUCUACCUGUGAAAAGGGCAAGAGGAUGAGGCAGAGAAUGCUUAAAGCUCAGCUGGACCUCAGUGUGCCCUGUCCAGAUACCCAAGAUUUUCAGCCAUGCAUGGGUCCAGGCUGCAGUGAUGAAGAUGGUUCCACUUGCAUGAUGUCUGACUGGAUUACAUGGUCCCCAUGUAGUGUUUCCUGUGGAAUGGGAACGCGAUCUAGAGAGAGAUAUGUAAAACAAUUCCCUGAAGAUGGCUCUAUGUGCAAAGUGCCUACUGAAGAGACUGAGAAAUGUAUUGUAAAUGAGGAAUGUUCCCCUAGCAGCUGCCUUGUCACUGAAUGGGGAGAGUGGGACGAAUGCAGUGCUAGCUGUGGCACAGGGAUGAAGAGACGACACAGAAUGAUCAAGAUGACUCCUGCUGAUGGAUCCAUGUGCAAGGCAGAAACUACAGAGGCAGAGAAAUGCAUGAUGCCUGAAUGCCAUACCAUCCCCUGUCUACUUUCUCCUUGGUCUGAAUGGAGUGACUGCAGUGUAACAUGUGGGAAGGGAAUGCGAACCCGGCAAAGGAUGCUGAAAUCUGCUGCUGAGCUUGGAGACUGCAACGAGGAACUGGAACAAGCGGAAAAAUGCAUGUUGCCUGAAUGCCCCAUUGACUGUGAACUAACAGAGUGGUCCCAGUGGUCCGAAUGCAACACCUCAUGUGGAAAGGGCCAUAUGAUCAGGACAAGAAUGAUUAAAAUAGAACCACAGUUUGGAGGAACAGCAUGCCCAGAAACUGUCCAACGUACAAAAUGUCGAGUAAGGAAAUGCCUGAGAGGCCCAGGUAUGGAAAAAAGGCGCUGGAAAGAGGCCCGGGAGAAAAGGAGAAGUGAACAAGCAAAAAAAAAUAUAGAUAGUGAGCAAUAUACAGUUUGUAGGCUGAAACCAUGGACUGCUUGGACAGAAUGUUCUACACUCUGCGGAGGUGGAAUUCAGGAACGCUACAUGAUGGUAAAGAAGAGGUCCAAAAGUACUCAGUUUACUAGUUGCAAAGACAAAAAGGAGCUAAGAGCAUGUAAUGUUCAUCCUUGUUAACAAAACACAAGGCUUCCAAGUGAUGCACUCUGAGCUAAAUGGAAAGUCAACCUUGGUUUGGUUUUUAAAACAAAAAAAAAUAUAAAGUGUAUAUUAGUUUUCAUUUUUGCAGUGUGGUUUGCUUUUUAGUCUUGCUGGUGCAAGAAAUAUAUUUUAUAAAUAUUUCCUCACAGAUUUAUGCUGAGAGUAAAUCUUUGGUACUCCAGCCAGCCCUUAAUGCAUAAAAAUAGUAAGUCAUUAUGAGUCAUUUAACUGAAAUACAGACAUAUCUGUGGACAUGGAAUAGCCAUAUAGAAAUACUACUUGUAAAGAGACAUGGGAUGCAUGCAUAUUAACAUAACUAAGUUAAAGUGACAUGUUUCAUAUGUGGGAGGAUUUCUCUCUCGAUUUGAUUUUGAAAAUCCAAAGUAGUGCCUAUGUGAUUACACAACUAUGCCAAGGAGUAAUUUCAGUAAUGCUGGUUCAAUAAUAUUAAAGGUGCAUGUUUAUCUUUUUACACUAUUGGCUUAAGCUGAUAGUUAUAAUAAUUAUCCUAUAUGCUUUUCUUCACAUGGAUGCUAUGGUCCAUGCAAAAUGGUCUUUGUUUCUUUAAAACUUAAAAAGGAAAUAAUUCGUGCAGCUCAACAAUGAUGUCUGCCCACUACAUAGUCACAGUCAAAGCAGCACACAAAGAAAACAUGUGAAUGUCAUAAUAUAUUUAGAUGCCAUAUUCUUAUAUUGGGUCUAUCCACUGCCUCUCAAAAUGGAUACAGAACUAAUAGAAAUUGGUCCAAACACAGACAGUCCCAACAGCUGUGUCACGGAAAGACUUCCAUAUGAGAGACACUAAAAAAUUAGAUUUAGUUUUGUGAGGAUGUUAAUCACAGGCAAAGAGAGAAAGAGGUUUAUAAUAUAAUAGAAAUGGUAGAGAAAAGGUGAGCCAGGUUCUUAUGCAUCCUUUAUAACAAACAAAGGGAAGGGAGCCUCUGAAAUGAAACAAUGACAGCCUUUUAAAACAUUAAUUACAGAUUGACACAAGAAUAUAUUUACAGCCGUGUCAUUUAUGUUUUUUUACUCAGAGUAUAGGAGGAUCUAAAAAUUACUAAAUUUGUGAGAAUUAUUCAUUUGUGGAUAUACUAGCCAGGAUAAAUGUCUUCCCUGACCACUUAAGCGAUCAACAAACUGCCCGAGAUUAGAAAAUAGCUCCUCACCAUCCUAACUGCUAUUUUACACCGUCUCCUGCAGAGUUUAGCUCUCAUCCCUACGCGUAAUCAGGUGUAGGACCAGCGAGACCUUGGGCUUCACUUGCUAUUGGAAUAUAACACUGUCCUGCAAGUUUAACAAUGUAACGUUAAAGAUGAGAGGUGAAGGUGAUGGUCCAGGAAAGGCAGCAUACACCUAUGUCUCUACAUAAGUAAUACCAAUGCACUGAAAAUAAAGACUGUUGAUGCUGACUCUUAAAACAAGCUUGAGAGAAAUGAAUGGAGAAAAAUUUAUUUUAUAGUCUCUUUAAACCAGCCUUAAGUAAUUUACUCACUUCCUUAACACUUGGUCACAACCCUGAGAACCUGACAUCCAAGUUUUAAGUGUUCACAGUUGAUGUGAACCACGACCCACUGAGGCUGUUCAACUUCACCAUCACUACCCUGGGAACCCUCUCAUUACCCCUCUGUACCUGAGCGGGCUAGACGGGCUGGUUGCAUUACACUGUAGGGCUUUUCAUCAUCAUUUCUCCACUGAACACUGCAAGGGCUGCUCAGCAUUUCCACAGCUGUCACAUCCCACCCCCUCAAGGUAUUUUACUGCUUUUUUUAGAUCUGGAAUGAAGGGAGGGCCAGGGAAAUAAUGGAACCAACCGCAAUGUUAAGCCUCUCCUGCUGCUGCUAAAUGAAAUGGGUGCAAGCCCAUAGGGAACCAAACCAGGAGAAAAAAAGAAUACAACAAGGUUUAAUGCUAAAACCAAACAUUUUACAUGUUGCACAGCUUGGCUCAUUUAAUAAUAUUAAUUCAGAUAGUUUGCCUCCUUGUGACUGUUGAAAAAUUCUACAGUUUAUGUCUCUAUAGCACUGCCAUUACAGUGUAGCAGCAAGACUGUCCCUAAGUAAUGUAUUUAUGACCUUACCUUGCACAUUAGCCUUUUAUGACCAAAAAAAAACCCACAACAAAAAAACAGUGGAUUGAUAUAGAUACUGGAGGAGCAACCAGCUGAGCAUAUUUCAGGUGCAGAAACAGAUGGCUGCAGAGAAGGGCUACAGCGAUUAACGCCAGGCGCUCAGCCAGGGCAGAGCUACAAACGCAAUCAAGACCCACACACCACCUACCUUUGUGAGCUGCUCUUGCUGAGCCUGACCAGAGGCUAUCCCAGCUGAGGCUAAUCAUUAAAAAAAAUAACCUUUGACCAUGAAAUGUGUGACAGAGUGGUUUUUGUAGGCUUGGAUCUGUGAGAGCUUGGGGCAGAGGGAGCAGAAGAAGAAAGUUUUUCCUGAAUGGAAAAAAAAUGCUAUGAGUUUACGGACUAUAUUUUAUCUCAUCAACCCUUACCACUUGUUCAAGCUAAUCUUGCAAAACCGUGCCUGUUUCUGCAAAUAAUCAAUUAAAAACUAUGUUAAGUUAUUUUCAUUUUCACGUUUGUUCCAGUUCAUCAAGCUGUUUUGUCUUUUAAUUACUCCCUUUGCCAAAGGCUACAUAGUCCAAAUACACCUUUAGGUAUGUAGGAAAUACAUAACUUCUUUCUGAACCUGCCCGCAAAACUGUCCAUUAAAACAAUCUGGCAUUCCUUUCACUGUGGUUCUUACUAAUUUGAUUCUCCAUAUACUUUAUUUUUCCUCCUAGAAGGCUGUUCAGUAUGAUUUCCAGUCAUUUCUCUUAGGCUCAUUAAAGUUAUGAAUGUUGGAAAUUUCCCCACACACACCUUGUUAAUACAUGCAAUGACAACAUAGAUUGCACUAGGUCAGAAAUGUGUGAUCAUUCCUGUGUAGGUUCAGCUUUUCACACUAUUUUUCUGUUGAAACAUUUUACAAGUCACUUGUCUUUCUUCUAACUUGAUACAAAAGAAAUAUUUAAGCUUGUUACAUUUUGUAAAAAAAAAAAACACAAACAAAAACAAAUGAAGAAAAAAUAAGAGGUUGAUUUUCUAUUCCAAAAAAAAGCUCUGAUAUACAACAUGUAGAAGUAUUCCAUUGUUACUGUAAACUUUCUAGUAGUGUAAUAGCCACUGAUUAUCAGUCAAUAAAAAGGAGAACUGUUAUCUCUCUUAUCUCCUGAAUAAUACUGCUGACCACAAAGCACAGAUAUCACUUCAGUUUUGUAGACCUCAACUAUCAGAUUUUAGCAUUGUGUGUAUGGUUUUUUCCUAACAUACAAACUGUAGAAGCUUUACACAUAAUAAAAAAGAAAAGUUAGGGGCUUAACAAAUGUACAGUAGGACUCUGUGUGUGCAGCAUACAAUUUAAACAAAAUUUUGUUUGAUUGCAUUUUUAGAUUUCCUUCGUUGUUUUUGUUUGCUGUGGAACUAUGAAAAAGCUACCAUGAAUAUUUCUUACCAAAGUCUUGUGUAGAUGUUUUGUAGCUGUCUGGCUAACACAUUAUUAUUAUUUUGGAAUAAAGACAUCUUUACUAUGAA